AUGCCGUCUAUUGACGUCCAGCAAGCUCCCAUCGAAGAUGGAAAUGUGGAGGAGGCUCCACCAGUUGUAAAAUCAACAGUAGGGAUAAUUUACCCACCACCUGAAGUUAGAAAUAUCGUUGAUAAAACUGCCAGCUUUGUGGCUCGUAAUGGACCUGAAUUUGAAAAUCGAAUUCGUCAGAAUGAGGUUAACAAUCCAAAGUUCAACUUCUUGCAACCGACUGAUGCUUAUCAUGCUUAUUAUCAGUACAAGGUCAAUGAAUUCAAGGAAGGCAAAGCUCUGGAGCCACAGGCACCAAAGCAGAGCCAGUACCUUGGUGUGCUGCGCCCACAGGAAACCCCAAAGAUUGUGGAAAUAUUUGUGCCCAAAGACCCACCUCCUGAAUAUGAGUUCAUGUGUGACCCACCUUCAAUCUCCGCCUUUGACUUAGAUGUGGUGAAGCUGACAGCACAAUUUGUUGCCAGGAAUGGGCGUCAGUUCCUUACCACAGUAAUGCAAAAAGAGCAGAAGAAUUUCCUGUUUGACUUCCUGCGUCCACAGCAUAGUCUCUUUACUUACUUCACCAAACUUGUGGAGCAGUAUACCAAAAUCCUCAUUCCACCGAAGAAUCUGAAAGAGAAAUUGACUAAGGAAGUCAACCACCCGAAGGAA